CCGGUGUGUAUGUAUGUGAGGUUGAGCGUGUGUGUAUGUGAGUGUGUGUCUGUCCGUGUGACUCGUAAUAUGUGUCAAGAGAGUGAGGGGAGACUUCUGUAUGUAGGUGAUUGAAGCUAAUGUGUUUAACACCAGAGGUCAGAAAGACAGAGAUCUGUCGAAGUAACAAGUUUUGAUCAGAAUCCCGCUCCACAAUAACGGCACUUAUGCGAAAGUAUCGGAUUUUGUGAAUAAAACAAAGAUUUGUCACGGGAACUUCUGUCAAGAGGGGAAGGAAAUAAGCCGAACACGUCAGAAGAGGAUAUUUAUUUUGGGAAUCGUAAUAUGAAAAAGGAGCAGGCCGAGAUAUUAGGUUUUGUCCCUCAGAAAGAGAUCGUCUACAACAAACUUCUCCCGUACGCAGAUAAACUAGACCGCGAAUCCAAUGACAUUUUGGCCCAGAUUAAAGGGAACUUGGGUCGGGCUGUCCAGCUCCGUGAGUUAUGGCCAGGAGUUUUAUUUUGGACACGGAAACUCUCCACGUACCUUCGGCUGUACGGGAGGAAGUUCAGCAAGGAGGACCAUGUGCUCUUCAUCAAGCUUCUGUACGAGCUGGUCACCAUCCCCAAGCUGGAGAUCAGCAUGAUGCAGAGCUUUGCACGACUCCUUGUCAACUUGCUGAAAAAGAAAGAACUGCUGUCCCGGGAUGAUUUGGAGUUGCCUUGGAGGCCUUUGUACGAUCUCUAUGAGAGUAUCCUGUACUCCAAAACAGAGCAUCUUGGUCUAAACUGGUUCCCAAAUUAUCGAGCAGAAGCCUCAACUAAACAAAAAAUGCUUAAUAUUGUGCGGAAGCGCUCAGUUGAGAAUGUGUUGAAGACACUAGUCAAGAGCUGCAGACUUUAUUUCCCUGAGUCUGCUACACAGGAGAUGCUUGAUGAGUGGCGACCGUUAUUGUGUCCGUUUGAUGUCACUAUGCAGAAGGCCAUCGGCUACUUUGAGCUCUUCUUGCCCACCAUCAUGCCCCCAGAACAGCAUCACAAAGGCUUCAAGUUAUGGUUUGAUGAACUGAUGGAUCUCUGGGUCUCAGUACAAAACCUGCCCGCUUGGGAGGGUAAUCUAGUGAAUCUUUUUGCACGUCUGGCUAAUGACAACAUUGGUUAUGUGAACUGGGAUCCUUACAUUCCCAAGAUCUUUACCAGGAUCCUGCGUAGCUUCAAUCUGCCUGUUGGCACCAGCCAAAUGGUCGUUCCCAGAUACUUGACCAACUCCUAUGAUAUUGGUCACGUGGUCCUCUGGAUUUCCUCCAUGCUGGUAAGUUUCAUGAGUCACACUCCUCCUAUAAAUAGGUUAAUUAUUAAAGAGUACAUUUGUUUGCAGAUCACUCUCUGUAAUAUUCUUUGUCAUCUUUUUCAGGGCGGCCCACAGAACCAGGCCCAGAAACAGCUUAAUGGGCUCUUCAGUAGUAUAGCAUCCUUCUACCACCCUUCAAACAACGGGCGCUGGCUGAUGAAGCUGAUGAAGCUUCUACAGCGUCUGCCUGCCAGUGUGGUUCGACGGCUACAUCGGGAGCGCUAUAAGAAACCCUGCUGGAUCACCCCUGUUCCCUCCAAUCACAGACUCACUGACCAGGAUGUGACAGACUUUGUGGAGAGCAUGAAACAGCCAGUACUGAUGGCCAUGUUCAGCAAGACGGGCAGCAUGGACGCAGCUCAGGCCCUACAGAACCUUGCCCUGAUGAGACCAGAGCUGGUUAUCCCACCUGUGCUGGAAAAGACGUAUCCUGCUAUGGAGACACUGACGGAGCCACACCAGCUUACUGCCACUCUCAGCUGCAUGAUUGGCAUGGCCCGCAGUCUUCUCAGUGGUGGCCGACAUUAUCCCGAAGGUCCCGCUCACGUCCUGCCCCUGCUUAUGAGAGCACUGCCUGGUGUUGACCCUAAUGAUUUCAGCAAAUGCAUGAUUACGUUCCAGUUCAUUGCUACUUUCACUACUCUAGUGCCUUUGGUGGACUGUUCAUCAGCCCUCCAUGAGAAGAAUGACUUGACAGAGAUGGAGAGAGAGUUGUGUUCGGCUUCUGCUGAGUUCGAAGACUUUGUUCUGCAGUUUAUGGACAGGUGUUUUGCAUUGAUUGACAGCAGCACUCUGGAGCAGACGCGCGAGGAGACGGAGACAGAGAAAAUGACUCAUUUGGAGAGUCUGGUGGAGCUGGGCCUUUCAUCCACUUUUAGCACCAUUCUGACACAGUGCUCUAUGGAGAUAUUCAAGGUGGCCCUUGAGAAAGUCUUCAAUUUUGCCACCACCAACAUCUUUGAGACUCGUGUUGCAGGCAGGAUGGUGGCAGACAUGUGCAGAGCAGCUGCUAAGUGUCACCCUGCUGAGUCUCUCAGGCUGUUUGUACCACACUGCUGUAGCGCUAUUACUCAUCUAACUGCCAAUGAAGAUGUUUUGAAUGAGGAAGAACUGGAUAAAGAACUGCUCUGGAGCCUUCAGCUGCUGUCUGAGGUGACUCGUGUGGAUGGAGAAAAGCUCCUCCCGUACCGCGCACAGCUGGUGCAGACUUUGCAGCUGACCCUGCGCUUGCGCUGUAAGCAGGGCUACACGCUGGCCUGCAACCUGCUGCACCAUAUCCUGCGUUCCACAGCCCUCACCUACCCCACAGACUACUGCAGUGUGCCUGGUGGCUUCAACAGGCCCCUGCAAGAGUACUUGCCCAUUAAGGACUGGGGUCGUCCGGGGGACCUUUGGCACCUGGAGAUCCGCUGGCACGUUCCCAGCGCAGAGGAGACGGCAUUUGUGUUCUAUGUUCUGGACCUGCUGCUGCAGCCCGAGCUUCAGCGCCUGCAGAGAUACGCACAGGGAGAGCAGGACAUGAGCAGAGAUGAUGUUCUUCAGAGUCUGUGUAUAGUCCAGCACUGUUUGCUGGGUGCUGGCAGCAUGCUGCCCCCUCUUGAUGGAACCACAGUCACUGGCCUUGUUCCCAGCAUGGUUAGUUUGGAGGAAACAAAGCUGUACAUUGGUGUUGACUAUGAUAAGUCCAGAGAGAACUACCGCGAGGCCAUCUGUAAAGUGAUGAGACAGCUGCUUCAUUACAUUCUGGAGCGCUCAGAGGAUGACACCAAAUCCCUUUUCGCCAUUAUCAAGAUCAUCAGUGACUUAAUGCACUUCAAAGGUUCCCACAAACACGAGUUUGACUCUCGUUGGAAGAGUUUCACCCUGGUAAAGAAGUCUAUGGAGAACAGGCUUCAUGGGAAGAAACAGCACAUCCGAGCUCUUCUGAUUGACAGAGUUCUUCUUCAGCAUGAGAUGAGAAAGUUGUUGGUCGAGGGGUGUGAAUACAAGACUGUUCAUCAGGACCUGUUGAGGGACCUUUUGCGUCUUUCCACCAGCACCUACAGCCAGGUCCGCAGCAAGGCCCAAAAUGUGUUGUUCACAGCUUUAGGAACCUAUAACUUCUGCUGCAGAGACAUUACUCCUCGUGUCUUGGAGCUACUGGAGCCUACACGAACUGAUGUCACCCAACAGCAGUUCAAGGGGGCACUGUACUGCUUGCUUGGGAACCAUUGUGGAGUGUGCCUUGCUAACUUACAUGAUUGGGACUGCAUCGGUCAGACAUGGCCUGCCAUAGUGCGCUCAGGCCUCAGCUCAGCUAUGUCACUAGAGAAGCCGUCCAUCGUCAGACUCUUUGAUGACCUCGCAGACAAAGUUCACCGGCAGUACGAAACCAUCGGCAUCGAUUUUACUGUACCUGAGAGUGCGGUUUUUCUAGGCCGGUGCAUCACCGAUUCAAGCCAACCCAUUCCACACAUGGGCACUCCCACAGAUCAGGAACUGAAGCAAGGGCUGGCACUUCAACAAGACAAAAACCAGGAUGCAGAGCAGAAGUAUGAAAAGCUUGUGAGAGAUCUGUUGGAAUGUCUGAAUGACAGGGAUUUGCCUUGGAAGUUUGAGCACAUUGCUAUUGGCUUCCUGUCUCUACUGCUAAGAGAUGACUAUCCUCUCCCAGCUCCUGCGGUGCUCUUCUUUGUACAGAGCCUCAACCAUGAUGCGCUUGUUGUUCGCAAGAUGGCGAUUGCUGCUGUGGCAGGCAUACUGAAACAGCUGAAGAGAACACGCAAGAAAAUACCUGUUAGUCCUUGCGAUAUAAGUGGAGUAACCGAGCCGGAGGGGCUGGUGGCAGGAGACAGGCUGGGAAACGACUGGCUUCAGUACCAUGGUGACAGCCUGCCGAAAACCCAGCAGGACUGGGACAAUUUCUGCUUUGUAGAAAAGACACACUGGGGCUACUACUGCUGGCCAAAGAAGUUGAUGGUAUAUGCCCCAGCAGCAGAGCAGCCCAAGGAUCUUGUAGCUGAGAACAUGAGUGAGAGGGAACGCAUUAUCUAUGACCAUUUCACAGACCCCAUGUUUAUCAACCAGCUCAUUGAGUUCCUGUCCCUUGAGGACCGAAAGGGCAAAGACAAGUUCAAUCCUCGUCGCUUCUGUCUCUUCAAGGGACUUUUCCGGAACUACAGUGAUGCCUUCCUGCCUGUUCUAAAGCCUCAUAUGGAGCGGCUGGCAGAUGACUCUCAUGAGAGCACCCAGCGCUGUGUGGCUGAGAUCAUUGCAGGCCUGGUUAGAGGCAGCAAGCACUGGAGCUUUGGGAAGGUGGAGGCAUUAUGGAAAUUCCUGAUUCCUUUGAUGCGAACAGCACUGUCCAAUAUUACUGUUGAGACCUACGCUGACUGGGGUACCUGUGUGGCAACUGCCUGCGAGAGCCGAGAUCCACGAAAGCUACACUGGCUUCUCGAGAUGCUGAUGGAGUGUCCUCUCAGUGGGGAAGGUGGAUCGUUUGUAGAUGCCUGCCACCUGUAUGUUCUGCAGGGUGGUCUGGCACAGCAGGAGUGGAGGGUCCCAGAGCUGCUACACAGAUUGCUGAGUUACCUGGAGCCCAAACUCACUCAGGUUUAUAAGAAUGUGAGAGAGCGCAUCGGCAGUGUGCUGACGUACAUUUUCAUGAUUGAUGUCACACUGCCAUACACUCACCCUACUAAGUCCCCACACAUUGCUGAGUUUACCGAAAGGAUCUUGUCUCAGCUGAAGCCCCUGAUUGAGGGGGACGAGGAGAUCCAGAACCACGUGGUGGAAGAGAACGGAGUGGGAGAGCAGGACGAGAGGACACAGGCCAUUAGACUCCUCAAAACGGUUCUAAAGUGGCUGAUGGCCAGUGCGGGGCGCUCCUUCUCUACUCCAGUACCUCAGCAACUACAGCUGCUGCCUCUGCUUUUUAAGAUUGCUCCCGUAGAAAACGAUGACAGCUAUGAUGAGCUGAAGAGAGAUGCAAAGACGUGUCUGUCCCUCAUGUCUCAGGGUCUCCUCUAUCCUGAGCAGAUCCCUCUGGUACUGACGGUGCUACAUGAGAUCGCUGGCAGCAGCUCUUGGCAUGCACGAUUCUCAGUGCUAACGUACCUCCAGAUAAUGGUGUUCUAUAAUCUGUUCACAAUACUGAGCACCGAGCAGGCUGUUCAAGACGUAAGAGCACUGGUCAUCAGGCUACUGGAGGAUGAGCAGCUGGAGGUGAGAGAGAUGGCUGCCACCACUCUCAGCGGCUUCCUGCAGUGUAACUUUCUGGCAAUGGAUGCCUCCAUGCAGACUCACUUUGAGGCUCUAUGCAAAACCAGAUUGCCCAAAAAGAGGAAAAGAGACUUGGGCUCUGUGAUGGACACCAUUCCUUCAGUUGAUCUGGUGCGGCGUCACGCCGGAGUGCUGGGACUCAGCGCUUGCAUCUUAUCCAGCCCAUAUGAUGUCCCGACCUGGAUGCCUCAGCUCCUCAUGGACCUCAGUGCACACCUCAACGACACGCAGCCUAUCGAGAUGACCGUGAAAAAGACUCUGUCUAAUUUCCGCCGUACUCAUCACGACAACUGGCUGGAGCACAAGCAGCAGUUCACGGACGACCAGCUCGUGGUGCUCACAGACCUUCUUGUGUCACCCUGCUACUAUGCAUAGACUGGUUGACAGUUUCUGCAGGUUUUAGUUUUUUUUUUUUUUUUUUUUUUUUUUUUUACUUUAUAUUCAAAUAAAAUAUCUUCUGCAUUCAUGAGGAUGUGACGGGAGGACACAGACGCUCAGGAUCUCAGCAUCUACAGCAGAACAGACGUAUAGGCAUGAAGGAGUCGUAUGGAGCGAAGCGAGCGAUUUUAAUGACUAAGAAAUAUACUCUGUACGUACUGUUUGUAUGUAUAUAUCUAGCCCAUAUUUUUGCAUUUCAACUAUACUUAAUAUUUAAGGUUUACCAGCGCAGGGAUGUACGGCCUGCAGUCUGUAAUAUUGUUGUACAGAUAGAAUUUUUUUUUUUUCCCUCUCUAAUCCUGUGUUGACAUUAACUGCGUGAUGAAGGACAGAAUGCCUACGGGUUGCCCCAUAAAUCCAACUCCAAAGCCCCCGUCAUGUUCUUUUGACUAGAGGUUCUCAGCGAUCUGAGCAUGUUAAGAUGGUUCAGUGAUUGAAUCCAUUGUUUAGAAUUGUCACUGCAUUUCACUGGAUUAUUUUUCAUCUUUUAGCAUUUUGUUGUCUUUAAACAUUUUACAGCUAGCAGCAUGUGAUUCUUGGUUGAGUGACAUAGAGAGAGCCUCUUUUCGACUUGCGGCAUGCGCCUCUUUGGAAAAAUGUUGGCUAUGGUUGCUCUACGCUAGACUGGCAUCAGUAAGUCGAUGAAGAAUAGAUUCGGGCUGAGCCCUAAUUUUUUUUUAUCAUCACAUGAGGACGCAAGUCUGAGUACUGUGACGCUAUUGUGGUAUGUGCGUCGGAAGGUUGCUGUGACUUUGUCCUGUAGCUCUCUGCUCACUUGCCAUCAUAACAGGGUUUUGUUUUUUUGUCCUAUGUGUUUGUGUAUUUGUGUAUGUAUGCAUUUAUGUAUUGUACAUAUGCAUUUAUCUAUGCAUAAACGACUGACGCGUCUUCUAGCGAGAACAGCCUGACCAGAUCUAGUGUGAGAAUUGUGCGUGUUGGAGAAAGGCAGCGUAUGCAUAUGCAUGUCGGUUUGAGUGUGCAUGUUUGUAGUUUGACUGAAUAAUGACUGGGUGGAUCAUGUUUUGAGCCAUUUUUAUUGGCAAGUGACCAGGAUUGUUUUUGUUGUUCUGUCACAAUUUACUCCAGCCUCAGCCUUUAGAUUAUUCUCUGAAUCACACACAGCGCCAGGAAGGGCUUCAGGUUCUACCAAGGUUAGUUCUGUUUUACAUUCGGGAGUGUACAUAACAGAAACAUUAUUUAGCUUAGUGCCAAAACUGCAGUGAUUUUUCUCUAUUUUUUUAGAUGUUUGCUUUGUUUUACUCUCAAGGCCAAUAAAUGUAUUAUUGUUUUUAACAAAUUAAAAAUACAAACAUUGUUUUCCCCACAA